AAGACGUGCACCAAUCACGGAACUGGCGCCUCUUUUGCCGCUCUGGAUUUCUUCUUUCCAAAAGCAAAUAAAUAGUUCAUGGAAUAUUUGAAUUGUAUUUGUAACCCACCAUUUAUUAAAUCCAUUCUUUGUCUUUGGUGUUGGUGUUGACUCUGCAUUAGCUGAAACAAAAAUUACGAAAAAGUCUUUAACAUUGUACUACGUGUUCAUCUUUUUAAACAUCACCGAAGUUUCUUAAUCCUGGCUUCUUCCUUCGGGUGUCUGUUUUUGUUUCUCCUUUUCUCUUCAAUAUUGGAUCCGAUAAUUGGGUUGGGGUUUGAUCACUUGUAAAUAGGAGAGAUCCAAGCGAGAAAGAACGAUUAUCAAGGCAAAUCUUGGAUCUCUCAAAUCUCUUUUUAUUGGUCACGGAAAAAGAAAUCAUCCAUUCCCAGGAUUUGUUGAGAAAGAGAGACAUCUAUAACUGAUGAUAUAUGCCACUGGGAGGAUAGAAGUGAAUCAAUGUUGAAAAUGAAAGAAAUAAAGGUAUGGUUCAAAUACUUAUGUCAAGAGCAGAGGUGAAUGUUAUUUUAUUCAAACACAGAAUUUGUCAUCCUGCAAUUCUUGUUCAUACCUUAGUUGCGAAAUAUUUUUGCUUUUCGUUUGUUCAAAUAUUAUCUAGUCUUAUGUAUCAGGACUGUUAUUUGAUCAUAUUUGCAAAGAAUUAAAGAUAGAAACGGUAAAGAAAGUGAGUUGAGAAAAGGGAGUUUUUUUUUUUGUUCUUGUUAACAAUAUGAGCAACAAGCAACCAGCUGUGAAGCUAGAUGAUGAGCAAAUUUCUGAGCUACGGGAAAUAUUUCGUUCUUUUGAUCGAAACAAUGAUGGAAGCUUAACGCAGCUUGAGUUAGGCUCACUCUUGCGGUCCUUAGGACUAAAACCUAGUCCUGAUCAGCUUGAAACCUUAAUUCAUAAGGCAGAUACAAACAGCAACGGUUUAAUUGAGUUCUCAGAGUUUGUGGCUCUGGUGGCACCAGAACUGCUUCCGGAGAAGUCACCGUAUAGCGAGGAGCAGCUAAAACAUCUGUUCAAGAUGUUUGAUAGAGACGGUAAUGGGUUUAUUACAGCAGCCGAGUUGGCACAUUCGAUGGCAAAACUUGGGCAUGCUCUUACAGCAGAGGAAUUGACAGGGAUGAUCAAGGAGGCAGACACUGACGGGGAUGGAAGAAUAAGUUUCCAGGAGUUUUCCCAGGCAAUCACAUCAGCUGCUUUUGAUAAUUCUUGGGUUUGAAGCCACUGGAGUUGCUUCUGGUUAAACAAUGUUCCAAAACAGUUUUAAGCAGGUCUAUCUUCUUUCCAGCAACCCCAGCGCAAUACGGAUCAUGAAAGGCCGGAUAAUUCUGCCACGAGUUCGUUCAGAAAAAGUAUCAGUGUUUCAGGCGAGUCAGAAUAAUGUAUGCAUUUUAAUCUUAGGUCUCUCUUCUUGUCCCUUAGAGACAUGCUUGAGAUUUUAGGUUUGAGAUCUUCCCUUUCAUAUGAAUUAUGUGCUUGUUGGCUCUUCAGGCAUUCACGGGUGCAUAAUGAUC